AUGACCGUGGAGAGGUUCAUCACUGUGUUUUUCCCUCACCAGGCCACUACAUUGUGUAAUCGACGUAAAGCCAUCGUUACCGUCAUACUAGUCUCAUUUGUUCUCGUCGCGGUAAACGUUCAUUUGGUUUUCACCACAGAAUCCCGCGUGGACACCGCCAUCUUGGAAACCAAUGUCACGCAGGUGACGAAAUACUGCGCAGACUCUGACGAUCACGAGAUGUGGAAAAAGUUCAUCUGGCCCUGGGUUGACAUGAGUGUGUUAACUUUUAUACCGUUCAUUCUCUUCGUCUCUCUCAAUGGAAGCGUACUGCUUCGCAUGGCUCAUUACACCAGGAAAGUCCAUGCCGAGGCGACUAUCCCCGAACAGCGUCUUCACCGACAGAGGAAGAUGAACAGUUUAGUAGCCUGUAUUUGUGUUGUGUUCCUGCUAACGACUGGUCCCAUCACGAUAUUGCAUAUCGUCGAGCCGUAUUGGAAUAGAGAUGACUUGGAGCAAAAAGCUCUUCAUUCCUUAACUGUAGCCUGCCUAGGUCACCUUGGCUAUUUGACGAACUGUGUCAACUUCUCCCUCUAUUACUUCAGGGGAAGCACCUUUAAACAAGACUUAAGAAAUGUUCUCAAAAAUCGAAGCAAGAUUGCAACAAUGACUUUGGCAAAUAGAUGA